UGGAGUGGCAAAAGAUGAGAAUUGAAGAACUGGAAGGAGAGAGGGAUUUCCUCCAAAGUCAGCUAUCAUCUCUGUCAACGCAACCUAAAGACGAACCAUUAAAUGAUACGUUUAUCAACAAUCCUUCUGAAAACUUGGAUUCAUCUUCCACAUCUUCAUCUGCAUCAUCUGAGUGGUCAUCCUCAUCCUCAUCUUCACCCCCAAAGAAGCAAAAGCGCAAAUUCAAAAACAAGCAUUCAAAAGCCAAGAAAUACAAGAAGGAGGAAAAGAAGUUCCGGCAGUGUGUCCGAACACCAAGUGAGAUUGUGCAGAGAUACAAGUCCCUCCUCAAGACAUUUCCAAAGAUGAAGACCUUGUCCAAAGCUUUUCAGAAGCAUGGGAUUGACAGAAACACAGUUGUGUCCACGGCAUCAGUUGCUGAGCUCGCUAUCGCAGCUCCUCUUGUUUACCAGGAGCUGAUCUCCAACAAGCCCAGUGGAGAGAUGGUACUCCAUUUUGCUAAGCGAUGUGAGGAAGAGAUUCAAAGCAAUGAUGAAGUGAAAAACAAAAUAGAAAGCAUGAAGGCUGAUGGAUCUUUGCUUCCAAUUCGAAGAGGCAAGUCUGUCUGA